AUGGCUUCCAAACGCCAGGUCGGGAGUUGGACCGAGGAGGCAAUUUGUCCCGUCUGCCUGGAUUUCUUCACCGAUCCGGUAUCACUGGAGUGCGGACACAGUUUUUGCCGCGACUGCAUCGAACGGUGUUGGGGAAAGGAGGCGAAGACAGCCUGCCCGGAAUGUCGAGAGAGGUUCAAAGAAAUCAUCCUUAAAGCGAACCGGGCCUUAAUGAGACUGGCUGAUAAAGCUCGAGAACUGAACUUAAGUCCGUCAGCGCAGGAAAGUGAACUUCACUGUGAGGAACACGCGGAAGAACUGAAGCUGUUUUGUGAAACGGACAAGAAAUUGCUCUGCCUGAUCUGUAGAGAUGCGCGGGAACACAAGUUUCAUAACUUUAUGCCGAUUAAAGAAGCUGUUGAAUUCUACAAGGACCAGGUGAAAUCGUCCCUCAUGCCACUCACCGCGAGGAAAUCGGAAAUUCUCCGAAAGGAGCAGCAACAGAAAGAGCAAAUUUCUGAGAUUCGGGGCCAGUCACGUAGUUUGGAGUUAUAUAUCUCAUCCGAGUUCACUAAGAUGCACCAAAAGCUCACCGAGAAAGAGCAACGCUUAAUCAGAGAUCUCAAGAAACAGGAGGAAAGGGCUGUAGACCGAAUGGAGAGACAUCUUCGAGAGAUUCAGAAGAGUUUAACUUCCAUUGAGGAGGAAAUCUCAAUCCUGCAGAAACAGAUGGAGCAGAAAGAUGAAGUGACAUUUCUGAAGGAGGAAUCCUGUCGGAAGAGAAGGGAUGGAGAUGACAGGGCACUUGGAAUCACGGAAGGGGCUCUGACGUUAGAAAAAUUAAUUGGUCCAUUACCUUUGCCAGUGUGGAGGGAAAUGUUCGAUGACAUUCAUCCUGUCUCUGUCACCCUGGAUGUGGAAACAGCGGGUCCGGGGCUCGAGAUGUCUGAAGAUCGGAAAAGUGUGAGAUGGACCCGGACGCUGAGGGAUCUCCCUGAUGGAGGGAAGAGAUUUACUGCCUGUCCUUGUGUGCUGGGAUCGGAGGGAUUCACUUCGGGGAGACAUUACUGGGAGGUGGAGGUGGCGGGGAAUUGGGGCUGGGGUCUGGGAGUCGCUGCUGAGUCUGUGGAGAGGAAGGGAUGGGUCGAGCUGAGUCCGGAGACCGGAUUCUGGAUCAUCGGACGUGUUGAUGAUGGGUUCAAUGCAUUAACAUCCACGCCAUCCCGUCUCCCUACCGGUCCUAUCCCUGGGAGGGUGGCAGUUUAUCUCAGUUAUGAGUCGGGGACAGUUUCAUUUUACAACGCAGAGACCAAGUCCCAUCUCUACACCUUCAGUGGGAAUAAAUUCACGGGGAAUCUGUAUCCUUUCUUGGAAACUUGGGAUGAAAGUUGGCUGAAAAUCUGCUCCUUGUACAUAAACGGGUCAGGUCCCGGGACUACCGUCACGAGUGGGGCUCAGGGGCUGGUUAACAUGGCUUCAAAACAACAAGAUCACAGUUGGAUCGAGGAGGCCACUUGCCCCAUCUGCUUGGAUUUAUUCACCGAUCCGGUGUUACUGGAGUGUGGCCACAACUUCUGCCGCCUCUGUAUCACACACUGUUGGGAAAGGGAGGCGAGAAACAUCUGCCCUGAAUGUAGAGAGGAGUUUCAGGCAAUAAUCCUCAAAGUGAAUCGGGCCUUAAUGAGACUGGCAGAGAAAGCUCGAAAACUGGAAUUGAGUCAACCAGAGAAAGAAAGUCAACUUCACUGCGAUGAACAUGGGGAAAAACUGAAACUGUUUUGUGAGACAGACAAGACACUGAUAUGCCUGAUCUGUAGAGAUUCGCGGGAACACAAAUUUCAUUACUUUAUGCCGAUCAAAGAAGCUGUUGAAAUAUACAAGGCUCAGGUGAAGUCUUUCCACACGUCGCUCAUCGGGAGGAAAUUGUCAAUUUUAAAACUGGAGGAGCAACAGAAACAGGCGAUUUCUCAGUUUCUGGAUCAGUCACGCAGUCUGGAGUCCCACAUCUCAUCCGAGUUCACUCGAAUACACCAGAGCCUCACCGAGAAAGAGCAGCGGUUAAUCAGUGAUCUCCGAGAACAGGAGGGAAGGGUUGUGGAUCUAAUGGAGAAAAAUCUUCGGUCGAUUCAAGAGAAAUUAACUUCCAUUGAGAAGGAAAUCUCAAUGUUACAGCAACAGAUGGAGCAGAAAGAUGCAGUGAUGUUUCUGAAGGAGGAAUCCUGUUGGAAGAGGAGUUCAGUUAAACUGUGUAAUAUUUGCAGGGCUGGAGAUGAACAGACAGCUACAGUCAUGGAUGGGGCUCUGACGAUUGAUGAAUUUGCUGGGCCAUUGCCAUUCCCAGUGUGGAGGGAAAUGCUCGAUGACAUUCAUCCUGUAUCCGUCACCCUGGAUGUGGAAACGGCGGCUCCAGAGCUUGAGAUAUCUGUCAAUCUGAAGAGUGUGAGAGUGACUGGGACCCGGAGGGAUCUCCCUGACAACAGGAAGAGAUUUACCAAUGGGUUUUAUAUACUGGGGUCGGAGGGUUUCACAACGGGGAGACAUUACUGGGAGGUGAAGGUAGCGGAGAAUCAGGGCUGGAGUCUGGGAGUCGCCACAGAAUCUGUGGAGAGGAAGAGGAAUUUCCAACUGACACCAGAGAAUGGAGUCUGGGCCAUAGGGAAGUGGGGAGACCAGUUUUAUGCACUCACCUCCCCUCGAUCCCGUCUCCCUGCUGGUCCCAUCCCUGGGAGGCUGGGAGUUUAUCUCAGUUAUGAGUCCGGGACAGUUUCAUUUUACAACACAGAGACCAAGUCCCAUCUCCACAUCUUCACUGGGAAUAAAUUCACUGAGAAACUUUAUCCUUUCUUUGUGACUUGGGAUGAGAACCAGUGGCUGAGAAUUUGCUCCAGUUCCAGUCCAGUUGUAUGAUUCAUUCAUGUCUGGGGUUCGGCUUUAGAAGCAGGGCUCAGGAGCUGUAGGGCAGAAAUACCAUUGAUAACAGGUUGGCACUGAAUGAGUCUUAUUUAAUUCCCAGGUCCCCACUGAACCUGGAAAUAAAACCAUUGAAUUUUAAAUGUGCGAACAGUGAAAUUAAAAUAAAGGAUUUGAUACUGGAA